CCCCAAAUACCUCCCUCUCAGCUGCUGCUGCUCCUGGCCACUCAGCCUAGACUCUGCUGCUGCUCCUGGUGCUGCUCCUCUCCUCCUUGGAGCCAAAGGACCCGGGCCCCUCCAGAGCCAUGACGGAGAGCAAGAAGCAGAGGAUGAAUCUCCAUAGGUCUACCAAUGUGGUAUACCAAGCUCAUCAUGUUAGCAGAAGUAAGAGAGGACAAGUUGUGGGUACAAGAGGCGGAUUUCGUGGCUGUACAGUAUGGCUAACAGGUCUUUCUGGUGCUGGUAAGACAACCAUUGGGUUUGCACUUGAAGAAUACCUUGUGUCUCAUGGCAUUCCUUGCUACUCUCUUGAUGGAGAUAACAUUCGUCAUGGUCUCAACAAAAAUCUAGGGUUCUCUGUUGAUGAUCGAGAAGAAAACAUCCGCCGUAUUGCUGAAGUUGCCAAGUUGUUUGCUGAUGCUGGCCUUGUUUGCAUAACUAGCUUCAUUUCUCCCUAUUCAAAGGAUCGCCAGAAUGCACGUAAGAUUCAUGAAGUUGCUGGACUCCCUUUCUUUGAAAUCUUUGUAGAUGCGCCUCUGAAUAUCUGUGAGAGCAGAGAUGUGAAAGGCCUUUACAGAAAAGCACGAGCUGGAGAAAUUAAAGGAUUCACUGGAAUUGACUCAGAAUAUGAGAAACCAGAAGCACCUGAACUUGUAUUGAAAACCAACAUUGCUUCGGUGACUGAGUGCAUCCUCAACAUUGUGGAGCUCUUGCAAGAGCAGAACAUUGUUCCUCCUACUGCCAUCAAAGAUGUCCUUGAACUAUUUGUGCCUGAAAAUAAAGUAGAACAAGCUCGAGCUGAAGCCAAUACAUUGCCUUCUGUAAAGAUUACUAAGUUGGAUCUACAGUGGGUUCAAGUCUUGAGUGAAGGUUGGGCCACACCACUCAAAGGGUUUAUGCGGGAGAAAGAAUUCUUGCAAGUUAUCCAUUUUGGGACAUUGCUUGAUGGAAGGGGUAGAGUUGAUACCAAGCUUGAUGGUGUUAUCAACCUGAGCAUUCCUAUCGUACUUCCGAUAUCUUCAGAGGACAAGAAACGUCUGGAGGGUUGCAGUGCAUUUACCCUGGAAUACAACGGGCGGAGGGUGGCAAUACUGAGAAAUCCAGAGUUUUUUGAGCACAGGAAGGAAGAACGUUGUGCACGUAUUUGGGGGACCACAUGUGCAAACCAUCCACAUGUAAAAAUGGUGAUGGAAAGCGGAGAUUGGUUGGCUGGUGGAGACCUCUUUGUACUAGAGAGAAUAAAAUGGAAUGACGGACUGGACCAGUACCGCUUGACACCCUUGGAGCUACGGCAGAAGUUUAAAGAAAUGAAUGCUGAUGCAGUAUUUGCAUUCCAGCUUCGCAAUCCUGUACACAAUGGACAUGCCCUGCUAAUGCAGGAUACCAAGCGCCGCCUACUAGAACGAGGCUAUAAGCAUCCUGUGCUGCUCCUGCAUCCUCUUGGUGGAUGGACCAAAGAUGAUGAUGUGCCUCUUGAAUGGCGCAUGAAACAACAUGCUGCUGUGCUGGAGGAGCAAGUGCUGGAUCCAAAGUCCACCAUUGUUGCAAUUUUCCCUUCUCCCAUGCUGUAUGCUGGGCCAACAGAGGUCCAGUGGCACUGCAGGGCUCGAAUGAUCGCUGGAGCCAAUUUCUACAUUGUGGGUCGAGAUCCAGCUGGGAUGCCCCACCCAGAGACCAGGAAAGAUCUGUAUGAACCCACACAAGGUGGAAAGGUGCUUAGCAUGGCUCCAGGAUUGACCUCUGUAGAAAUCAUUCCCUUCCGAGUAGCUGCUUACAACAAAGUACAGAAGGCGAUGGUUUUCUAUGAUCCAGAGAGGCAAAAUGAAUUUGACUUUAUUUCUGGCACACGCAUGAGGAAAUUGGCUCGUGAAGGUGAAAACCCUCCUGAUGGAUUCAUGGCUCCGAAAGCAUGGAAGGUGUUGACAGAAUACUAUACAUCCCUGGGGAAAAAUAAUUAACUCAGAUUUUACCAAAACAUACCUUUCAUUUUAAAGAUGAGCUCCUUCAGUUGAUUUAUAUUUGAAUAUACUUCAUCCAUCUUGAUUUUUUUUCCUACUCUAUAUUUUGUGGGCAUUUUCUUCCUGAAGUAAAUAAUGGUUCUCAUUCAACUGUAUUCAAGUCUGAAUUUAGUAGGGGAUUUCCUAUACAUUUCAAAGAGCCACAGAAGAGAUUUUAUUGUACAUAGAAUAAUAUAGAUCUAGGUUAUGGGAAUUAAAAGCCAUAUUCAGAUUUGUCAGUCUUUGGAACUCGGGUGCCUCAACUGUGCCACUGAAAACUAUUUAUCUGUUCUUCUUUGAUGUUUUUCAUUGGCUUCAUUGAACAAGAAAGAGAGAGAUAAUGGCUGGCACUAAAUUCUUCUCUGUUUCUCUUGAGAAACAGCAGAUGGGAAAUUUGGCUUUUGCCUUACUUCUCCACAGCUCACUUUUGGGGAGUUUCAUGACACUGCCUUGUUUUGAUUUUGCUUACAAGGAUUAUUACAAUGAAUUGGUAUUGCAGAUCGUCAGGGUAUCUCACUAAAGGCAAGCUAUGUCACCAUUCCAAUGUUCUUUCACAAUUUCAGGCCACAAAGGGCUUUACUAGUUUUUUAGGUGGCAGUUUUCAAACUGCUUUAAGGAAUUUGGGAAUUUCUGGAAAGUGUUUCAGGGUUCAGCAGUGGUGGCAGGGCUGCCACAAAACAUUUUUCUGCCUUUGGAAAAGAAAAAAUAAAUGGUGCACUUACACACCCACAUCAAGUUGUAUAGGCCAGUUGUUUUAGCACCCGGGGUAGAAAACCCUUAAGCAUCUCUUCACCAAUUCGUCAGUCAAAAAAACUGGAUUGUGCUGGUCAUUUGUCCAAGCAUUGACAUGAAAGGCAAAUUAAAAGCUUUAAAAAGAAAUAAACCAGGAUUUUCUUUUCUCUGAUUAAAAAUCAUAAGACCGCAGAAUAAUUUAUUAUGCAAUGAAGAGUUCCAUGGUCUUUAAAUUGUACUGUAGUUCAAAAUGCCUCUUAAAUGUUUCCAGUUUAUGCCUUUAAAACCUUAGAACAAAAGAAUUAAACAUGUGUCUUAUUAUACCUUGUGUAAAAUGAAUGCAGCCACUGGACAGACCAUAUCAGGUAUGCAACCAGUACUCUGUUAUUGUACAAGAGGCUUAAAUGGGACACACGCUGCACUAAAGAGAUUGAGCAUCAGCAGUGCUUGGAGGAUGGCUCCAAUUGCAAUAUUGCUAGCUAAUGUAUAUUGGCAACAGUGCCUUUUAUAACCAAGCCCUCUGGAAGGGACCUUGAAGACAAACGUGAUCUUGCCAUUUUUAAUUUAAAUGAUAUUUUAAAUAGUACUGAUGUAUUUGCUUUUUCUUGUUUUUUUUUUAACCUUAUAAUAAUGUGUCCCUUACCAUCAGUCCAAAUACAUGUGUUGUACUAUUCCUUUUGAAUCCAUAUAUUUCCUGUAACAUUUUAUAGCAUAUUUAUUAUGGACACGAAACAGGAAUGUAUGCCUUUACAGAUACAGCUCUUGAUUAUCUUCUGCAUUUGGUAUUCUGUUAUUAAAAUUAACUUUUAAUACCAAUAAAUACUUCUCUGUUUAAUUGUA